GACAAAUUUAACAAUAUUUUUUUCAAGAAAAUAUAUUAAUACAUUAUUUAAUUAAACGUAAUUAAAGUAGAAUAUUUGAAUAGUGUAAAAUUCAACAUGUUGCACUUGUUCGAGAACAGUACAAUCAAUAUAUGGGCGGCGUUGACGGGCUGAAGCCAUCCCAAAAUAGUGGAUGCAUGUAGAGAUAUGUAUAGUUGGAGGUGGCAUUAGAGUAUGCAGCCACCAGGCAUCGUCCCCAUACCGCAUUUAAUCAAGCGUCAUUGGCCACGUGUAAUCUCUGUCUAAGCCGCCAUAAUUCCUUGCUAGCUAGUAACCGGCCCAUAAUUAUAUUGUAUUGUUACUCCAUUCCGUUGCCUAGCUCGAUCUACAUAUACAUUCGUAUUUUAACUUAUCUUCUUCCACUGGGACUUAAGUGAAACCAGCUGCUUUCAAUUCACGUGUUUGACUUCAUCCAUCACCCAAACAAAGAAAAUAAUUAAGGGCUCGCGGCGGCCGGCCGGCCGGAACGGAGUUAUCUAUCAAAUCAUAUAUCAAAUUCAAUGGCCGGAGAAGAGCCUAUUCUCUCCAGAAUUCAACGCCUUGACACCGUCGUAAGUACAUGCUAUAUAUGAUAUGCACCUCCAAUACACACACACAAAUGAUCAGGUCCGAACGUUCGGAUCUAGGCCUCCGUCCGAACGUUCCCAGUCGAAUUUGUUUAUGAAAUUUUUAUGAUAUGUUCUUCAUCAAGUCUAGUUUAUCCAACCAAAAUUUUAACUCAAAAUUCGAUCUUAAAAUGUUUUUUUUGAAGUUGACUGCAUUUUUCUAUAUAUAAUUUGGCGCAAUCAACUUUAAAAUGAAUUUGACUGUAACAGAUACUCGUAUAUAUACUCUAUAAAUACAGCUUAAACAACUGGAAAGCAUGAAAGGCGGUGGUGGGACCACACAGUCAGAGAAGAGCUCCACCGCUUCCACAGCUUCCUCGACGGUGUCAAGCGGCGAAGUGGUGGUGGGGCAAGCCGUAGCGUUGCCGUCAUCUUCUCCAGACUACUAUUUCUACUGCUCUCCCACCAUAAAGAAAGGCUUGGAGAAGCAUUGCCGUCCGAUGAAGGAGGCAGUAAUGGAGGCUGCGCUGAAAGGCACCAUCAUCCAGCGACUGGUCAACGUAGAAGAUCGCGUCACCGAACUCUGCAUGCAUUUCCAACGCGCGUUUGAGGCUCUCAAGAUCAGCGGCGAGGCAGCGGCCGUGGUUCCGGCUGGCACCCAGUAUAAACAGCCGAACAAAACGGCGCUGAUCACCGCCGCUGCCCCAACCGCCACUAGUAACUCGGCAGGAGGGGAAAACAAGAAGUCGCCCAAACUGCUGCACAAAGGCGGGUUCAAGCAAAAGUCACCUAAGAAGGGCGGUUUUAGAAGCUUUGUCAAGUCUUGUGUGAAAACUAAGGGGAAAGAUAACUAAUACUCAGCAUGAUACUAUACGUAUGUAAAGUGACCUCCAUAGUUCCUUAUCAUCAAAAGUUCUCACUUUGUCAAACAUUUAUGAGGAUUUGUUUUGGUUACAUUGUAGUUUUGUAUUCAUAAAAGAGGAAAAUGCUGUUAAAUUUUCCUAAAUAGGAGCUCUCAGUUCUUGUCUGCCGUCGGUUCCAAUUAUUUUUCUUUUUUCCUUAAAUGUCAUUAAAUGUCAUCACCUAUCUAAUCUCUCCCACGGUCCCACCUUCUUCUUUCUCUUAUAUCUUUAUCUUUUUUUCCUCAUCCGUCAGUCACAUCUUUCAGAUUUCUCCCACAUCUUUUUCUCCAUUUUCCCUUAAUUAUAUGUAUUCUUUCCUCUUCGACUUAGUCAAUUUCAUCGUUCCUCUUCUUCAGGUUUAAAGAAUCCGCCGCUCCUGGCAACUAACUUGCCCAAUAUGGAAGUAGAUGCACUAGAAGAAUUAGCGGAGGAGGAGGAGGAGAUGGCGGCAGUUCAAGCGGGCCGGAGGGCUCACCGGAGGGCAGCGGCGGCACUGGAAAAUACGGAAGUGGCAAAUGAAGACUCUCUUGAGAGCAGCGGCACAUUGGUGACGUCAGUGGCGACGGCGGCACAGGAGAUGGUGGUAGUAUGUAGAUCAGAUCUGUGUAAAACUCUAUUUUUGUAUUUUGUUUUAUGCUUCGUAUUAACUAAUUAAUAGCUAAUAAAUAAUCCAAGUUUCAUUACAAAAACGGAAGUCUCCCCCUUCAUUAAGGGGUAUUAUGGUCACUUGCAUAAAAAUUUCGUGUCAAACAUGGUUUACAAAGUAAGACUCCUAUUUUGGCAGAGUAUCUAUGUGCUACUCCCAAGGGAAGUUUCUCUCCCAUAUUGAGAAUUUUCUCGUAAACAAAUUAAAUUAAACAUGCAAUUUAAGGUCUUGC